AUGAAGCUCCUCAGUUCUGCUUUGGUCUAUCGCCGCUUUCUCCUUGUGGUUGUCAGUGUUUUGGCUUUAUUGCCACUUCCUCUCGUAAUCCGCACCAAGGAAGCAGAAUGUGCCUACAUCCUCUUUGUUAUUGCCAUAUUUUGGAUCACAGAAGCCUUGCCCCUGUCAAUCACAGCUCUACUGCCUGGGUUAAUGUUCCCCAUGUUUGGGAUCAUGACUUCCACACAUGUGGCUUCUGCUUAUUUCAAAGACUUUCACCUUCUGCUAAUUGGAGUUAUCUGUUUAGCAACAUCAAUAGAAAAAUGGAAUUUGCACAAGAGGAUUGCUCUGAGGAUGGUGAUGAUGGUGGGGGUAAAUCCAGCCUGGCUGACGUUGGGGUUCAUGAGCAGUACUGCCUUCUUAUCUAUGUGGCUUAGCAACACCUCUACUGCUGCCAUGGUGAUGCCCAUCGUGGAGGCUGUGGCGCAGCAGAUCAUCAGUGCUGAAGCAGAGGCCGAGGCCACUCAGAUGACUUAUUUCAAUGAAUCUGCCGCCCGUGGACUGGAAGUUGAUGAAACUGUUAUUGGACAAGAAACAAAUGAGAUAAAUGAGAAAACAAAACCAGCUACGGGAAGCAGUAAUGACACAGGGAAAGUGUCAAGCAAGAUGGAGACAGAAAAGAACACAGUCACCGGAGCAAAAUAUCGGUCAAAGAAGGACCACAUGGUGUGUAAGCUCAUGUGUUUAUGUAUUGCUUACUCUUCAACCAUUGGUGGGCUGACAACACUCACCGGUACCUCCACCAACCUGAUCUUCUCUGAGCAUUUCAAUACACGCUACCCCGAGUGUCGCUGCCUCAACUUUGGAUCCUGGUUUUUGUUUUCCUUCCCUGUUGCUGUUAUUCUUCUACUUUUGUCAUGGAUUUGGCUCCAAUGGCUUUUCUUGGGAUUCAACUUUAAGGAGAUGUUCAAGUGUGGCAAAACCAAAACACUCAAGGAAAAAGCUUGUGCUGAGGUGAUAAAGCAAGAGUAUGAAAAACUUGGGCCGAUGAGGUAUCAAGAAAUCGUGACCUUGGUGAUCUUCGUUGUAAUGGCCUUGCUGUGGUUCAGUCGGGACCCUGGCUUUGUCACUGGUUGGUCGGCCCUGUUUUCAGAGUACCCGGGUUUUGUUACAGAUUCAACGGUUGCUUUAGUGGCAGGAAUCCUUUUCUUUCUAAUUCCAGCUAAGAAACUUACAAAGACGACGUCUACAGGAGAAAUUAUCGCUUUUGAUUACUCUCCCCUGAUUACUUGGAAAGAAUUCCAGUCAUUCAUGCCCUGGGACAUAGCCAUUCUUGUUGGUGGAGGCUUUGCCCUGGCAGAUGGCUGUCAGGUAUCAGGACUAUCUGGAUGGAUAGGAAGUAAAUUAUCUCCUUUAGGUUCAUUACCAGUUUGGCUAAUAAUUCUGAUAUCUUCUUUGAUUGUCACAUCUUUGACAGAAGUAGCCAGCAACCCAGCUACCAUUACCAUUCUGUUCCCAAUAUUAUCUCCUUUGGCUGAAGCCAUUCAUGUGAACCCUCUUCAGAUUUUGCUGCCUUCCACACUCUGUACCUCAUUUGCAUUUCUUCUGCCAGUUGCAAAUCCACCCAAUGCUAUUGUUUUUUCUUAUGGCCACCUGAGAGUCAUUGACAUGGUUAAAGCUGGACUUGGAGUAAAUAUUUUGGGUGUGGCCGUGGUGAUGCUUGGCAUGUUCACCUGGAUCGAGCCUAUGUUUAACCUCCAGGAGUACCCCACCUGGGCCCCUGACAUGGCCAAUCAGACUACACCAUGA